AAACUCUCCAAAUGUUUGCGACUCUCCAAUUCUCGAAAUCUCAAUCCAUCUGCGCCCUCGAAACUCACAAUCAAGACGUUGGCCUGAGGUCACGCUCAUGGUAGAGUACUCUGGCUACUUCAGUCGUCUGUGUGCAUGCGUCAGUCUUCGCAAGGGUCCGACGAUGACAGUGAGUCCAGGACAGUGUUCGUCAGCCUGAGAAAUAACCGCUCUCGCCUGCAUGGUGAAACACAAUCUCAUUCCAUGCCGUCGCCAACUUCAGCAUCAACAGUUUCCGACUCCGUUGACAUGGGCGCUGCGGCAUCUGUCAGUUACUCUAAUCCGUUCGAAUCUGCACAGGAUAACUCUUCUCUUGAACCUCCUUCCGAAGUAAACAUGGCUACUACAUCUGGCUUCGGCAACAAUCGCCUCGCGACUGGGUUCAAAGGACCGUCCAGCCUCAUGCCCGAGCCACAGCUUGAGAAUCCAAGUGCUCCCUCGAAUGCUCCCAUUAGUCCUGGUGGUUCGGUAGACGACGCAAUUGAGAUCUCAAGCGAUGAGGGCGAAUCCUCAGAAGGUGGUGUUAUGGUCAUUAACAUUGACGAUACCUCGUCCACUGGGCCCGAGCCAGAACCCCGCGUGAAUGGUGACAAGGACAAGAUAUUGGAAGUUAAGAAAGACACUGCAAUGUCAGGUAUCACGAAUGAAGACAUGUCGGCUCCACAAGAUACUACUGAUCAGGACGUUGAGAUGCAGCUUCAUGCGGAAAAUCAGCGGCACCUUGAUGCCAGUCUGUAUGGUGUUCAGGGAUCUAGUCCCACUACAGCUGACACGGUGUUGCGUCUCAGAGACUUGUCAAAGACUCAACUCGCUCUUCAGUUGAAGUAUGCAUACUUUGACACCAAUGAAGAAGACGUGAAUCUAAAUCUGCCGGUGACCUGCCUCACCUGUUUGACUUCCGGACACACAGAGCAGACCUGUCCUGAACAUGUAUGCCCGCAUUGCUCGGCGAUCGACGAACACCCUAGCCGGCUGUGCCCGAAUGUCACUCGAUGCUCUCAUUGCCGCGAGCAAGGCCAUAGUGCAGAGUCAUGUACAGGGAUGAAGGUCACAACAGUCCCUUGCGAUCUUUGUGGUAGUUUACAUCAUACCGAAUGGUCGUGUGCCCGCAGAUUCUUCAAAUCGGGCACAAUCGAUGAGACCAAACCCAUCGCCUUAUGGAUAUCAUGCUGCAAAUGUGCAAGCAAAAUGCAUCUAGUUGGUGACUGUCCCGAUGCGAGGAAGACGGAUACAGCACGGUGGUCGCUAAAGCCUUUUGCAUCUGUCCAGGUCACCAAUCUCAACCUCGAAAGCCGCACAAAGCAGUUGGAACAUGAAGCAAUGAAUCGCGGGAUACGACCCGAUGGCUUGAAAAUCAGAGGACGCGCUGGUGUUCAUACUGCGGGUGCACCUGAUGUCGCACAGCAACCUGACGAGGACAACGAGCAACCAUUCUUGGGUCCACGGGUGAAAAACCAACCCAAAGCUGAAUUCACCUUCCGACAUCCGCUCCCCUCCAAACCCCAGGGUGGACAUUUUGAUCGCUACAAUCCUCCCCCGGCAAGCCAUGCCCAGUCCAGUCGCCAGCCCAAUAACUGGUAUGCCACAGAUUCCUUUGGCCAACCUCGAUCGACAUCUCCGUCACGAUCGGGUCGCCGUGGCGAUGAUCAACUCAGACGACGAUCCCGCUCGCCACGUGGAUCUGAUGGCCAACGAGGUGAUCGCAGACGCUCGCCUCCUGCGUCUCGAGAUGGACCAGGGUCAACUGACCAUCAAGGAUCUCAUGGCCCUAGCGACUUCCACUCAGCAGGUCCCCCAAUCAACCAGCCCCGGCAAGGAAUUUCUAUUCAAUUACCCCUCAGACGUGGUUCGAACAACAAUGAAAACCAGCCACCUGCAUUGAAGAAGGCUCAGACGGGCCCCAACUCCAAUGAUGCUCCCAAAAACUCAGCCUCUGCAGGCUCCAAGAAGAAGUCCAGGAAGGGCAAGGCGAAUGCUAGAAAGAGGAAAGCGUGAGCCUGGAACUUGCUGGACAUCUUCUUUUCGUAUUGAUCAAGCUAACCUGCAGAUAUAGCAAUCUAAAACCCCCUGAGACUGACUAUGACUAUCUUAUCUAUCGCCAUGCAACCACGACGGAGCAGAGUGGAAAGUUACCGGGGUCGACAUGCGAAUAUCCUACACCAGAUUCUAUGAUUUUGGAGAGGUAUCUUAAGUGGAUAUCUGUACGACGAGAUGAGGCUGGAGAUCCUCCAAUUAUCCUGGAGUAUGAUGGGAAUGAAAAUCCUUUGUUCGUCGACACUUCAGCUCCAAACCUGAUACGUUCCCCAACUCAGAGAGAUCUUGAAUCGGUGUGGCUUUGGGCCGCUGAAUACCUCGUGGCGUGUCCCUCCGGGAAAGAUAAAGGAUAUAUCAAAGCGAGGUACGAUGAAGCCAUCAAGAACGAUCCCCACCUCUCCCGGGCCCUCCAUGAGACAAGAAACCGUCGGAGAGCAGUCGUGGACGGUCAGACUGAACCCCCAAAGCCGGAUGGGUUGAGAGUGGUGUAUUUGCGGAGUGGACGAGCCGUGCCCAUGAACGUUUGAGAUGCGAUCCAUCAUGCUGGACUUAUUCGAGGGUACACGACGUUCCACGUGAGGGCGGAUUUUGUCAACGUGCUGAAACCGGCACAGACGAGAAGAGAGGAUGGGCUUUGUGGGUGUGUGUAUGAUUCUGGGAGCGGGAACGCCGCGAAAGGGCGACUGUGGUGGCGUAAUUUGCCAUCGCCUCUGAUGUAUGAGUAAUGACAUCCACGGAUGACCACGGACGACGCAUGACCCCUUUUCGGUCAAGGGCCUAUUGAGAGCCUAUCAUUAUUGCAUGCGUCAGGUAUGCAUGUAAAUUACCAAGAUAGAACAAAAUGGCGCACUUGCAAAGCGUGAGA